AUGGAGACCGGACCCCAUUUCAAAGUUAUCCUACAGAGUUAUACCAAGAAAGGGACUGGUCACAGGGAUAUGGACAACUUACUAAGCACCGACCAUGACCGUACCAUCAUGAGUGCCCAAGCAACCCUUGCUGGUCUCUAUCCCCCCACUAGUGGCCAGAUCUGGAAUCGCAAAAUCCUUUGGCAGCCUAUCCCAGUGCGCACACUGCCACAGUCUCUAGAUUAUCUAUAUGCUCCUAUUCCUGGCUGUCCACGUUAUGACAGAAUUCAGAAUGAUACCAUGAAAUCGAACAUAUUUCAGAGAAAGAUACUGCCUUACACGAUUACGCAUCAUUAUCCCAUACCAGGCUGGGCCACACCCGCUGUGCUGGCCAAGUUGGAAGAACUGUCAGACUUGACUUUAUUGUCACUGUUUGGGAUUUAUAAGAGAAGAGAGAAAUCACUGUUACAAGGAGGUCUCAUUGUGAAAGCUGUUCUGAAAGACAUCAUAGAAGCUACAAAACGUGAAAAUAAGAGGAAGUUAAUGGUGUAUUCUGCACAUGCAACCACAAUUGCAGCCUUCCAGAUCGCACUCAAUGUUUAUAAUGGAAAAGUGCCACCCUGGUCCUCUUGCCAAUUUAUAGAAUUGUAUGAAGACAUUAACGGGCAAUACACUAUUGAGAUGUAUUAUCGAAAUGAUACCUCUGGGAAUCUUCAUCAGCUCACUCUUCCUGGGUGCUCCAUCUUUUGUUCACUACCAAAGUUUAUUCAACUGGUUUCUCCUGUCAUCGUGGCAGACCGGGCACAAGAGUGUCACAACUGA